CACAGACACUCUCACAUCACUCUCAUAUCCUCAUUGGUCUUGAAAGAUCAAAACAACCGCCUAGAUGACGACUAAACCACUGCUCCUCCUGGCCGCUCUGACUCUCUUCUGCUGCAUCUCCACUCUGCAUGCUUUUCCCAGGUCGGGGUGUUCCUGUAUACGGACAACCUCGAAUAUCAUCCCUCUUCGGGUCAUCAAGAAAAUUGAAAUGAUUCCUAUUUCGGGACACUGUCGCUGGGUUGAAAUCAUAAUCACCAGGAAGAACGGCUCUAAAGUCUGUGUCAGUCCAACGGCAUCAUGGGUCAUUGACUACAUCAGAAAUUUUCAAAAGAAAAAUAUGGCCCAAACCACUGUUUCACCCACUGCUGGAACAACCAACUUCUGAUGAUUCUGUGGCCACAUUUGACGUAACAAUGGCUUCAUUUAAUAAGCUGUGAAUUAACUGUAGGAGAGCUGAGCUACUGUCCAGAUUUAGAUUCAAAUUUCAUACGGUUUAACACUUCAAUCAAUUGGCCUUUAGAAACCUGCUUAUUAUUAUACAAUGAGACUGUCUUAGUGCUUCAUCAUAUGCCAGAGGUACGGACAUUUUAUUAGUAAUACUCAUAUUAUUGCUGUACAGUGUAUUUAUGUUGCCAUUUUAUUGUCAGAAACCACAAAUCUGUACUGUGAAGUAAAAAUCUGUGAUUGUUUUAAUAAAGUUAAUAAUCACACGAUGCACAAAAUAAGGAAUGCUUUCCUGUAAAUGUGAAUCAGAUCCUGCUGUUAACAUUUCAUUGAUUAUAUUUUGGAUGAUGGUUCUGUAACCUCUGAUGUUCUCUUGUUGUAUCCAUGACUUGUCUUCUUAUACAGAAUAAAAGCACAGACAAAAAGACUCUUCGAAAAUGACAUGUUUAUUGCCUACAGGAGGUGGGGAGGGUUGGGGCUUUGUGUGGAGAGAUGAUACAAGUGCUAUUGAGCAUGUUUGGCUUCAAAUGAGGUGCAACUGCUCACAUAUUAAAUACAGAUGUAGCCUUUGUAGAAGUCCUCCAUUCAUUCAAGUACAUAUCCCUGCUUCGAUACUCUAGACAUACAUGAGUGUUAUUUGGGCCGGAGCUGGCCCAAGGUAUCGGCCCCUAGGAACUACAGAGAGAUCAACCAAAUCACAUUUCUGGAUGAAAACCUCCUGUAACCCACAUGUUAGCUUUUCUAACAAAUCUUUUUAUAUAUAACCCUAAUUGUUUGGAAAGAGUGUCCUGUUACCAACGUGAUUUAGUAUGGUCAGGAUGGUCACAAUCUCAGCAUGAGACUGAGAUAUCCUGACUUUCAGUCUCUACAAUUUCCAUAAUGCAGCUCAAUAGCAUGUCCCCCCUGCUUCCUUAAUGCCUGCCUGUUUCAAAUCCCACACCUCCAGACUGUAACGUAGGCUUUCUGUUAAAAUUAUCCAAGCACAAGCUACGAUAACUGUUGCAUAAUCAGGGUUAUUGUUUCAAACUUUAGAAAGCACCCUCCAGAGCCAAAGCUGACAUUAUACAGCUGUUUUGAGUGGUACUCCUCCUGACAAGUAAACUCAACUAUGUACGUGUAAAAUUUUAGUUUAUCAUAAAAGCUUUAUGAAUUCACAGAGGGCCAUGUACUCUUUUAAAUUAAAUGAAAGCAUGAAAAUCCCCAAAUUAGAGCAGCUCUUCAUCCAACACUGAUGACAGUGUGAUGUAGUCAUCCUUAUUAUAAUAAUAAUAAACGGCAUCCUGCUCUUUGAAAACAACUUUUCACUGAUUUCAAAUCUUUUUAUGUUUAUGCUUGGAGAGGCCCCAAUGACUUCAGGAACACACCUUCUACAGGACAUCUACAAAGGAUAGAUCUGUAUAUUUUAUCAUCAGUGCCACCUACGUUAGACAAACUGCCACUCCUCGCAGGCGAACAGUAGCUUGUGUCGCUGCAGCUUUGCCCCUUGUUGACAUUUAAUUGUCAGACGCGAUGCGUACUUUGGCUUCCACAGUACAAAACCCGCUUUGUCUAAGUUUAGCUCUCCACCACAAAGUUUUCCUUCCGGCCAAACGCUCACUGGCUGCUUCCCCCCAUCUGCGGUGGAGGCUGGCUGGGUUGAAAACCAAUGUGGUGAAGAGCUGCUUGUCUCGAAACUUAAAACAGUUGUUACAUAUAAGGUUUAAAUGCAGUCCUUUAAAAUGUAGCACCUUUGUUGGUGACUGCUGGUGGCUGAGGAUCCUCACCCAGUUUCACUUCACUUACUUCACUUUUCAAUAAAACAAAUCUGCUGAAAGUUGCUGAAAGGCAGCAACUUUAAAGGACUUUUUCUAGGAAUGCUCCAAGUAAGAAAUAAUAGCAUAGCAUUGCAUUUCUUGUUCUUGUCACUAUUUUUUCUUGCAAUUACAUUUGUGAAGGAGAGACAGGAACCCAAAAAGACUUUAGAAAGUGUUUUGACACUAAAGUUGCUGCCUUUCCCCCUUUGUAGUCCAAAUCUUAUGGUAUCACUUUAAAUAAAUAACCAGUGCAUUAACCUGUGGUCAUUAUUGUAAAUGAACAAUGACACUGUGUCAAGAGUUACUGAAAAUAUUCAUGAUACACCAUACCUUUGAAGGUUGUACCGUUUCAGUUCUUAAUUCAAUCAGACUUCUUUGGUGCGUUUUGAAUUCCUUUUCCACAUUAAUAUUUACAGGUUAAUACACUGAGAAAAAAUAUUAUUACAUUUAUACAUUUAGGUCCUUUAAAUUCAUGGUUUCUGGUUUGGAUGCAGCGACCAGGCCUAUUUGGAGGCUAUCAAAUUCAACACGUUAAAGCAGAUUAAAGACAACAAACCCUUCGUCCAAAUGCUAAAUGCUUUGUCAGAUAUUCCUCAUUUUCCCCAGUGAACAUUGCUGAGCAUCUUAUUGGCCGCCACAGAUUUAAUAACCUCAUGUAGCGCCCACACUGCUGUAAAAUCAGCCUGAAUGAAUUUAACAGUGGAAGGAAGAAAAAACAAAGAAAAAACAAAAACAAAAA